CAGUAUUCGCAUCAGUAUAGAAGUGUAAACAGUGUCGUGUACGGGGAACAAAAUUGUAGUCUUACACAAUAAAAACUAUGGACGGAAAAAAAAGUGGAAAGGCACUUCGAAAACCAAUUUACAAUUUCCAAAAAGUAGCGCGCAUAACAAACAAUGGCUACCUUAACUUCUUAAGGGAGUACAAAAAGGCGUUCUGCGGAGUUUCCCCAAGGGACAUGGUACGUUUCGGGGCCAUACAAUGGAAUCAGUUGACCCCCCAAGAAAAGGAUAUCUUUAAAAAUAUGAAAGAACCAGUGACCGUUAUAAAGAGUGCACCUCAGGAGUUUGAGAGUCAGUCCCAUGGGGAAAACCCCGGUAAAUCUGAGCGGGAGAAACGCAGUCCAGUUCGCUCUCCUUAUGCCCGUGAGAGGGAGUCCAAGAACCAGAAGGAAAGGAAGAAGUCCCAGUCCAUCAAGCGCAGGGUCAAGAAGAAAGCCAGUCCUGUGCUGAAGAAUCGCGACAAAAGUCCUUUGGGUUCAGCGGCGGCCUAUAUUCAUUUUAUGCGCAUGUUUCAAAAACAAAAUUCUCAUUUGCCGGCCCCUGAUCUAUUGAACAAGGCAGCUCGCGUUUGGUGCAUUCUGACUGAAAGCCAGCGCAAACUAUUCGAUCUAAAUUUAAAGGUUUAUAAAAGAAGUAAUGGCUACAAUUUUCUAAAGAUUGAGUAAAAUCGAUAGAAAACACUUUGUAA